AUUAUGAAUAGGCUGCUUUAUUCUUUCGUGCUGAGCCGUGUUAUCAGAUGAAGUUGAAUGUUAGCUAUCGCCAGACACAAUCAAAGGGAAGGUUUAACUCUUCUGUCGCCGUUUAGGAAAGGAAAACAAGAUCUAAUGGACUCCAACAGUGAAGACGGGCAGUACCAAAAUCAUGAACAUGCCUUCCAGCAGGAUGCAGCCAAGUACAGAGUGACCUAUCCUCAUGGGAGAAACACAAAAGAGGUGGAGGAGUUCAACAGAAAGAGGUAUCCAGUAAGCCGCUCGGGCAACAACCCGGGCAGAGUGAAGCGGGUAGUGUCAUGCAAGAGGAAGACCCAUCAUCUGACGGUGGCUCGGAGGAAGCAGCUCGGAGCCGGGAGGUCUUGUGAUGCCGUAAACAAGGAGAAUGAGAUGAACUGCAUGCAGGACGUGCAACAGGAGAGAUUUGACAUGGACUUUUGGGAGUUCCCACUAAAUGUCAAUAGCAUCCACAGGACGGCUAGAACUGCUUCUGAACAAGCUGACUACUGUGCACUCACCGAGCUCACAAAGGAUCAUAGCACAAUGACUGAUGUGCUCUUUGGCAGACAUCUGAGACUGAAAGUGUCUUUAACACUGUGGCAGAGAAAUGUUGGAGAGCUGUUGACAUACUUUCUGAGAAUCCAAGAUAUUGGCGUGUUUGUUGAUUUUCUGCCACUGAUAAGCAAAAGCAUUGAUGAGGAUUCCCCAAAGAUCACCAUCGGCUGUUGUGUCGACCUCUUUCCCUUAGUAAAGAAAGUCCUCGCCACUCCAUAUGAAGAGUAUCUGAUUGUUGGUUUAACGUGGAUAAAUUCAGUUUUGAAAAACUGGCGUGAGGAGCUAAGAGCAAGUGGUUAUAGUGGAUCAGCUAAACUUCUGUCUGAUAGAAAUUUCCAGGUCUUUAAUCAGCAGUUAUUGGAGUUAUGGCUUCAGGAACCUUUCCUGAAAUCUGUUCCAGGAACUGCUGGAGACAUGGCGGAGGUCAUCGAUUCUUUCCUGUCUCAACUUACUUGACGGCAGUCACGAGCCAGACGACAAAACAUUCUGUGGCAGCGGCCCCACAAAAACUCAAACAAUCCUUAGUCGAAUCAUCAGAUUGGAGCUGCUGUUGUUUCCACACAGAAGUGCCUUUUAGCUUGUACUCUACCUGCCCUCAGAUAAGUGGGGGGUUGAUGUCAUUGUGAUGUGAACCUGAGGCUGAAGUCCAGCUGCGACUGGGCAGGAGACACAGAGGAUUUCAGUGAACUCUCAGUCUGAACCCGGCAGUGCUG